CUACUGGGUAAUCCCUUAGCAGCGAUAUCAGCAAGCCGCCGACCAAACCGACGUGUCGCUUUUUAGCCUUGGUCAUUACCGGUAUCUUGUUGCCAUCUACGUUACUGUGUAUACCGAAUAGUCUUAGGCUUGAAAGAAUAGUUAUAAAGCUACUGCAUGCUGCGGUUUCCUGUAAACAUGUUUCGGACAUCGGUGAGCAGCUCGGGGCGCUGCGCAGCUACGCUUGCUGCCGGCUCUUCUAGGAUCAUCGUCCGGCCGCUCGCAUCCGCGGCGGCCUCCGGUCCCUCCUCUCGCCCCCGGAUUCCCUCCCCGCCUUCCGCCACCGCUGCCGCUGCUUCCUCCUCUUCGACCCAGAUCAACUCCCUAACCAUCACCCGACCGGAUGACUGGCACCUGCACGUGCGGGACGGCAAGGCCAUGCGGGAUGUCGUCCCCCACACCGCGGCGCACUUCGGUCGUGCGGUCAUCAUGCCCAACCUGGUGCCGCCCGUCAGCAGCACACAGGCGGCCCUCGACUACCGGGCCCGCAUCCUGGACGCCCUGCCGGCCGGCUCCUCCUUCAACCCCCUCAUGACGCUCUACCUCACCGACAGGACCACUCCCGAGGAGGUGUACCGCGCCAAGGAGGCGGGCGUGGUGGCCUUCAAGCUCUACCCUGCAGGCGCCACCACCAACUCCGACUCCGGAGUUACGGAUCUCGAGAAGCCCCUGGCCGCACUCAAGGCCAUGUCGGAUGCGGGGUUGCUGCUGCUGGUGCACGGGGAGGUGACGGAGACCGAGGUGGACAUGUUUGACCGCGAGGCCGUGUUCAUUCAGCGCAAACUGCUGCCGCUGCUGGAGCGGGUGCCCGGGCUGCGGGUGGUGAUGGAGCACAUCACAACCAAGGAGGCGGCCGAGUUCGUUGCCUCCGCCCCGUCCAACGUGGCCGCCUCCAUCACGCCGCAGCACAUGCUCAUGAACCGCAACGCGUUGUUCGCCAAGGGGCUGCGGCCGCACAACUACUGCCUGCCCAUCCUCAAGCGGGAGAAACACCGUGAGGCGGUGAUGGCUGCUGCCACCAGCGGCAGCCCCAAGUUCUUCCUGGGCACUGACAGCGCCCCGCACCCCAAGGGCGCCAAGGAGUCCUCGUGCGGCUGCGCGGGCAUGUUCAGUGCGCCCGUGGCCCUGGGCAUCUACGCAACCGCCUUCGAGCAGGCGGGGGCGCUGGAGCGGUUGGAGGCGUUCGCAAGCUUCAACGGCCCCGACUUCUACGGCCUGCCUCGCAACACCGACAAGAUCACGCUUGUACGGCAACCGCAGCGCGUCCCCGACAGCUAUGCAUUCGGGGACAACGUGGUGGUGCCCAUGUGGGCUGGGGAGGAGGUGGCGUGGAGCGUGGUGGCGUAGGGGGCGUGGAGGGCUAGCGUGAGGAGGGGACAAGUAAAAGGUAGUCGUUGAGUCCAGAUUGGAAUAUAGGCUUGGUUGGGAAUGGUGGGGUGAGGAAUUUUGUAAGGUUUGAUUGGACGGUGUGCGUGGGGGACAAGAUGAUGGGUGUUUCAAUUGACGCUGACUUUGGUCAGGGAGCUCGGGCUGUUUCAUUGCGAGGACAAGGGGGUUCAGCUUCCUCAAAGCUGGAAAAGGGCGGAGCCCCUCCUCUUCAGUACAGGAAUGUAUUAUUACCACUGGAAUGAAUGCGAUUACAGGGGAGUGGAACGACUCAAUGGGCCUUAUAGACUUGGAAUGAGCACGGCAUGCGCUCCUGUGACUCCACGGCACCAGAUGACCU